UUGGGCUUUUGUGCCUCUGCUAACUUUACCUACGGAAUCGGCAUAUGACGCGACGAAACAGCGAUUCGUAUGUUAAACUCGAUUCGAUUCAAUCGGCUCAUGAAUAUGGCGUGAAAGAACAGAUGUUUGAUUCGGAUAAUGGGACCGAUUGCAUUGCUGUUAACGAUGUUGUUGAGCACCCCAAAAUGCUAAGCAGCCAGCAAUAAACAGCACCAUUAAGGUUGCACUAGAUAAGAAAGACGGAAUGGAGGAGGUUCUGUGUCCACGUGAUGCCGGGCGAUUCAUUGCCAAGAACAGCAAGGACGUUUCUAUUGCAGAGGAGGGCGUGCGGUCGGUGGCAAGUGUGCUGUGUGAAAAGUAUCAGGAGAAGACUUUCGGGGUGGAGUGUUGGAAAAGCAUGCACAAGCUUCAUCCUCAGAUGAGCAACGAGGAUGCCAUUAACUGGGUGUUCGUGGUGGACACACUUAAUUUCUCUUUCUGGGCUGAGAGCGAUGACACAAAGUGCUUGGUGAAAUACAAGGAAGAGAUGUACAGCGGGUACUGGACCCUCUGUGCCGCUAUGAACCGUGCCCUUGAUGAAGGGUUUCAUAUGACCAGUGCGUCGUACUACAGCAACAUAACCUUCGAGGAGCUGAGCCACGUUCUCCGCUCUGACUCUGGCUCACCAAUGCCCAUGUUGGCGGAGCGGCACCGCGUGCUCACGGAGACGGGACGUAUCCUCGUCCAGAGCUUUGGCGGCUCCUUCCUGGAGUGCUUGCGUCGCUGCGGACACAGUGCGCAGGCUCUGCUCCGGUUGGUGGUGGAGAACUUCCCAUGUUACCGGGAUGAAGCAACCUUCAAGAGCAAAAGGGUGGCUCUGUACAAGCGAGCCCAGAUCCUGGUGGCUGACAUCUGGGGCCUCCUGGAGGGCAAGGGCGAUGGCUUCUUCAAUGACAUUGGCACCCUGACCAUGUUUGCCGAUUAUCGGGUGCCCCAGGCACUGGUUUACCUGGGUGCUCUAAAGUACUCCAGCCGACUCAUGCAGAAACUCAAAGACGGUGUGAUGUUUGAGUCUGGCGAGGAGCAGGAAGUCGAGAUCCGGGGAUGCUCCAUCUGGUGCGUGGAGCUCAUCCAAGAGGAGUUGGCUCGUUUGCUGGCCGAGCGCGGUGUUGUAAAAGCUCAAGAUAUUAACGCCGUCCUGCUAGACUAUUACCUGUGGGAUUAUGCACGUGCCCACCGCGACGAGAUGGCACACAUCCCCAUCCACCACAUCCGUUGCAUAUACUACUGAGGGACACUGUGCCAGCAUGGCUGAAAGCAUUGCUUCAAGACCCAUGUUUUCAGUGGCACUGGCUCGAAGGUUAACCUGACACAUUACCACCAUGGAGGUGAUAUUUUCAUUCGGAAUUGUUUUUCUAAUUUUCCCUUUAAUGAUAACGAUCAGUAGUUGCGGCAUAGGCGAAAUUAUGGCAUACAAAAAUUAGUUGUGGACAAUAAAUGUUUACUUAGUCGUAUUUGCUGAAUGUACAAUUAUUGUGUUAUAUUUCUUCGUGCUCAAUUAUGAGGCACAUGUUUUUUGCAGUUAACAUAACUAACACUGUACUUUUGCAAUCUCGUAUAAGCAACUUCAGGAAAAAAUUAAAGGACAUUGGUUUAAAUUAAAAAAGCUUUGUAAACGUAUUCAUUUAAUAACUUUCGAAAUAGAUUAGUAAUACAGUACUGCAAAUUGUACCUUUAUUGUUGUAAAUAACGGGGAGCUGUCAUGAUUUAAUUAAGGGAACAAACGCCAGAAUGUAACUAAAGGUUGCACAGCAUGUGGCUGUGUAUUUAUACAAUUUCACUUGUCUGAUUUUCACAUUUCGUCCAAUUAAGACGCUUAACUAUACAACAUGUUUAAUGCAGGGUCCUCGACUUUAUUUAAAAACGAGUCGGCAAAUGUUUUCAUUACUGGUUGUAGUGCAAAGCGGAAUGUUUAUUGGAAAGGUGAAGAAAUGUAAUUGUUUAAACACAGUUGUAGUAGCUCUUCAAUUUUAGUUUUUUUCGAUUGUCAUGAAGCAAUACAAAUUAAAUGUAUGUAUGUCGAAUUUCUUCGGCAGCGUACGUUGCCAACUGUGCAUAAUUCUAAGUAUACAUUUUCAUACGUUAGUACUAUUUUAGUUACUGGAACUGUGUUCAUGAAGUUACAGUGAACGAGUCAUAUACCUAAUUGUACAAGUGACUGUUUAUUCAAUUUAAAAUAUAUAUUCGGCAUGUCCAAGUCUUAUGAUUGUUUAUCACACGUUUCCCAUUGGUCUUGUAACGUUAUGACCUGCUCCGACUGGACAUCUGUGAAAAAAGCUUCAAAGCUUAUCAGAUGUAUCCGGGAUAAAUACAAAGAAUUCUGAUUGUAAUUUGCUAUCGUGAGGAAUGGCUUUGGUGGGCGGUGGAAUCUGAUGUACAUUUCAGGCGCUAAAUAUAACAUCCCGUGUGCUAAAAUACACGAAUCACCAAAUACGUGGGGACCAUCUGUCCAGAGAACCAACUCGCCAUUUGUAAUGUCUUAAGAGAAAUGGCACUUGAACAAGACACGCAGAAGAGCUAAAUGAGUGUUGGUUUUAUGGGUGUUUUUCUUGUGCCUACAUUUAUGACGUAAAGUAAAAAAAAAUAGGCCAAAAAAUCUCUCCUACGUUUUAAAUGUUAGUAAUUCCUGUGAAAUAUACGAGAGUUGUAUAAUAGAACGAUAUCUUUAAUGUGAAUACACUUUACUACACUGAGUAAUCAUCAGCCAUGGCCAAUCCAUGACUGGAUGUCUCCCCAAGCCGUCACCAUCUCGCGGUCCCGCGACCUAACAAUCCACCUAGGAGCUGCCAACAAGGUGAUUUUACCACUACAUCUAGCAGACGUAUUCCUUUUUUGGCACUUGGUUAUUAUUCAUGACCAUAUGCCAUCAUCUUCAGUUAUGUAUCCUACCCAAACCCACUUAAGCGGAUGAUUUAUUCACAUAUGUAUAUUCUCUAAUCCAUUUAUUCCUCUACUGUCUCAAUAUGGCUCCACAUAUUCCCAUGCUUUGUGCCUGUUUCAGUUUUUGUUCAAUAUGUCCAUAUUUCCAGAAGUAUGCAUUUAUACAUUUAAAAUAACUCCUUCCUAUUACAACCCGUGGUUCAUGAAGAUCACUGGGGACAAAAUAAUGGGAAAUAUAGAGGAAAAAUUUGGCUUGGAGGAGAUGUUUUACUACCAUUGAUCAGAUUUUGUAAAAUACAUGUUUAUCAUAUGCCACACUGUAUGCAUGUCUAAAUAGGUGAUACAGUAUAUUUCAGUCUUCCAUAAUGACAACAAAAGAGUCAUUCAAUUUAACCAAACAUCUAA